GAGAGAGAGAGAGAGAGAGGCACCCAUCAGAAAAUUAAAGAAAGAGUAGGAUUGUCAUGAUAGUUGGGUCACUUUCACUGUUUCACUCCUUUGAGGCAUUUCUUUUACUAGUGUUUUCUUGAUCUCCGCCACCUAACCCAUCUUCAUCACCAUCUGGCUACUUUAGUUUCCUCUUUUAGUUUCUCCCCUGAGAGAGAGAGGACGAAAUGGGUGUUAGCGACAGCUUAUCUGAUCACUUUUUUGAAGAGUCCGAACUGGAAGACAUUUUUAGCAUUCUUGAAAAUCUAGAGCACGUGGAAGAGUUUCCGCCGUUGGAUCCCGAAAAUGGAAUGGGUUCGAAGGAGAGCAGGACCGGAGGAGGGUUAGUUUCACAAAAAUCAACCUGUUCAAGUGCUGGUAAUUUGCAACUAGAGUUUGAAGCCGAGGUUGAACUAGCUGCUGUUAAUUAUUUACCAAAGAGCAACAAGAGACAGAAGCUCAGUACCGCAGCUACGAGUACCGACGAAGAAAUCCCACAAGGAGAAGGGCAACUGAAUAAGAUUUCACACAUAACGGUGGAGCGAAACCGUAGGAAGCAGAUGAACGAGCAUUUGACGGUGUUGCGCUCUCUCAUGCCUUGCUUCUAUGUCAAAAGAGGAGACCAAGCAUCAAUAAUAGGAGGUGUGGUGGACUACAUCAAUGAGUUGCAGCAAGUUCUACAGUCACUUGAGGCCAAGAAGCAAAGGAAAGUUUACAGUGAAGUUCUUAGCCCUAGGCUGAUCCCAAGUCCAAGACCCUCACCGCUUAGCCCAAGAAAACCACCUCUAAGCCCAAGAGUACCACCAAACCUACCCAUAAGCCCAAGAACACCUCAACCAAGCAGCCCUUACAUGCCCAGAUUAAUGCAGCACCUGUCUCCAUUGCCAUCUCCUUGUUCUUCUUCUUCUUCGGCCCCUUCCUUGGUCGUCGUCGACAAUGCUACUACUAAUGAGCUUGUUGCUAACUCAAAAUCAGCCAUUGCUGAUGUGGAGGUGAAGUUUUCUGGCCCAAAUUUGCUUCUGAAAACAAUAUCUCCUCGGAUUCCGGGACAAGCUACUAAGAUAAUGUCGACCAUCGAAGAGCUCUCGCUUGAAAUCCUUCAUGUGAGCAUCAGCACCAUUGAUGAAACCAUGCUUAAUUCUUUCACCAUCAAGAUUGGAAUUGAGUGCCAGCUCAGCGCCGAGGAACUCGCUCACCAAAUUCAGCAAACAUUCUGCUAAGAGUCCCUAAAGUUUGAUGAUCAGUACACCACAGUACCCCUCUAACAGCCUCUCUCUCUCUCUCCCUUCCUCAUGAUUGAUGCCAAAAUAAGAGAGAGAGAGAGAAAGAGAGAGGCAUUUACCACCCAUUAUUUACUUUUUAACCAGAAGAUGUAACUUUAGGAUCAGUCUUGACUUGUAGUACUAGCUAGUACUGUAUGUGAUAGUUCUGUAACCGUGGGAAUUUAUUCAUCUAUGAAUUUUACUUUCAGUUUUA